ACUUAUACUUAUUAUUAAAGUGUGCAAAUGGUUCCGAAGCGGAACCAAUCUUUAAUGUGUUGUUUCAUUCCGGGACUUUUUAUGGUGACACGCAGCACUCUGUGUAAGGCAGCAUGCUUCUUUUUUGCUGUUAGUUGAUGGAGAGGUUUCGGUGAGGCAUUAAGGCUCGUGUAGCUGAUUGCAAGAAGACGUUACACGGAGUUUUUUGUAUUAACCCUUCCAGGUUGAAGCGGCCAAUGAGUUCUCACGGCAUAGUUAUUAAACGCCAGUAACAACGAAGAACGCCUUGUGUCCGUUUUCUGCUUGGAGGGAGUUACAGUGAGAACUCAGUCUGCUCGACAUGAGGCGGCGAGACGAGGAACUGUGCCUUUCAGUCGCUGAGCAGGGCAGGAUUCGUCGCACUCUAGCAUCAGGCAGAUAAGAUUGUGCAACACCAGAAACUGAAGCAGCAAGCGCUUUCAAGUUUACAUUGAUGUUCCAACAAGUGAUACAUUUAAAAUAAGUUAAAUGUUAGGAAGUGGAUCAACUUUGUUUUAAGGAGACACUGCAAGUGUUAAAAUUAAGUAAUUUGGUGUUCUGUACAAUUCUGUUUAAGUUCAAGGUUUUAUCUAAGUUUUUGUAAACAAUCAUUUUACAUAUUUCUGUCAUUUAGAUGCUAAAAGUGUUGGAUAAUUAAGUGCUCAGUAUGAGUUGGUUAUUGUUAAGUCAUUAGUUCUGUAAAGCUAUAGCUAUAAGUCACCAAGUAAUAAGUAAACAUUGCAUAAUGGAGCAAAUGACUGACAAUGAAAUUAAGAAGGGCGACUUAUUUAAAGACAGUAAUGGCGCAACUCUACAGCAGUCAUCUGAACCGGAAGAGGAGCCAAGAAGAAGCCAAAGGACUAGAAAGCUUACUGAAAGGGCUCAAGAACUGCAUGAUACUAAAUCAAAAAAACUGCAAGAUCGUUUUACCAAUACUUACGAUAAAUGGAAAGUGACGGCAAAGCAAGCUAAAAGGGUGAUAAAUGGAACUCCAUCUUUUGAUGUUGUGCAGGAAUUGAUGAGUAAGAUAAGUUGUGCAUCUGCAGAUGUGAAGCACAGUUAUGAAGAACUGCGCAAAUGUGUUCUUCCAGGUAAUGAGAUCCGUCGCAGAGUAGACACCUGUGAUGCUGUAUCUGAAAUAAUCUUGAAAAAUGCAUCCACUUAUCUUCACAACAAGAAAGACCAUGAUGAUCAGACAAAGGAUGUUGUCUGGCCUGAGUCUGGUUCUGUGUUUCUAUCUUCAGUCUCUAAUACUACAAGUAAAGGUUCUCAAAGUUUAAACUCUGCUAGCAGUUCAAGUAUGAAGUCCCAACAGUCGAGCCUUUCCUCUAUUAGAAGACAGGAGGCUGCUGCAGAGCAAGCUGCUACACAGGCCACUUUAAAGGUUCUGCAAGAAAUAGAAAGUGAACAGCAGGAACUUGAAAAUCUUGAAGAAGAAGAUAGAAGGAAGAUGACAUUACAAGAGGAAGAAAAUGUGGCAAGAAAGAAAGCACUGGAAGAAAAACGCAGACAAAUAGAACGUCUACAGACUGUUAAGAAGUUAAGUGCGGCAAAGGCACGGCUGCAAGUUUAUGAACAAGAAGCAAGUUCAGAUGAAGAAGUUGCAGAGUUACUUCAUAACCAGGCAGUUGAACGACAUCGAUCUUCUGGAGCUAAAAGAAGUUCCUAUGAACAUCCACACCAAGCAGCCAGUGCCACAGCUCUUGCUGAAGCAAUAGCAGAGUCUAUUAAUGUGUAUAAAGCGGGCACUGUCGAACCCAGUGUCCCAGCUCGCCACAAUAAAAACACAUGUGUCUGCGUGUCCCGCCACGUGUAUCUCUUCCUCGCACCCCCGACCAUGCGGGAGCUCCUCGUCUUCCCCCACGCCAGCCUUGAACGCCAGCAACAUGGAUGUGCGAAGCCGGUUGCGCAGCCGCAGUAG